AGUGAUGUGACCCCACUUUGAUACUUUGCAUUUCACUUCCAAUGUUAAACAAUAGUUCCGUUCUCUUCUUCCUUAUCAAGGUGAGCAUGCAUUCCACCAGCCUAUUUACCAAUCCAUAUGCAAUAGAAGUCCUAAGAACCAAAAGAGAAGAGCUAAUAGAAGGCAUUAAUGACCCUGACCACCUUCUGAGCUGCCUCAUAGACAAUGGCAUUUUUUCCCCAGAAAAAAGGAUGGUUAUGAGUUUCUACAGGACACGAACAGAAAAGAACUCUCGAGUUUUAGACAUCCUGGUUUCUCAAGGUGAACGAGCCUGCAGGCUCUUUUUCUAUCCAUGUUUAAAGCAAGUGGAGCCAAAACUUUAUAACAAGAUGAGAAAAUAUGUCAGUGAAGUAAACGAAAGCAUCAGAGAUGCCAGAAGACAACUGAUAGGAUACUUACUUGAAAGGGACAAAGUUUGGUUUGAAAAGAGCUGUGAACAGUACCAAGAAGAAAGAGAAAGUCCUCGAAGAAAAAGACACGAAGGGGCUACUAAGAAGAAAGGAAAAGAAACUCAGCUUUCAGGAGCAGCAAAACCUAGAAAACGUCAUUCUGAUAUUGGCAUCUUUGACGCAGCUGCCAAGGGUUAUAUUUCAGAGUUAGAGAAAACCCUGAAAGAUAAUGAUAUUAAUGCACUGAACUCUUCAAAUGAAACCCUUCUGCACGUUGCAGCCUCUCAGGGGCACCUAAGCAUAAUGGAAUAUUUGAUCAGCAAAGGUGCUCAGGUAGAUGUGAUGGACCAGAAAGGGAGCACACCUCUGCACAGGGCUGCUGAGAAAGGCCAUGGUGAUGCAGCCAAAGUGCUUCUCUGCUGCGGGGCUCACAUGUACAGUUUGGAUAAAGAAGGCAAGACACCACUUCAUCUGGCUGCACAGAAUGACCACAGUCACAUAGUGAAGAUGUUCCUGAGAGAAGAAGCAAGAAGCAGUGGGAACAGACAUCACUUUUUGCACAUGGCAGCUCUUAAAGAUGAAAGCAGUCUGGCAAAAAUGCUUUUAAAGUGUGGUGCCUCCACUGAUGGGAAGGAUGAGAGAGGACAGACAGCUCUCAGUUAUGCUGUUUCUCAGGGCUUUGAAAACACUGCAAAAGCACUGCUGGAAGCUGGAGCCAGUGUUGAUUCCAGUGUGGCCGAAAGAGCCUUCAACAGCAACCACCCAUCCAUCUUCAAAACACUGCUAGAAUAUUCUAAAGAUUUGCCAUCGGACAUAAUGGAGUCAGCUCUUUUUAAAGCUGUACAGAAAAAUUUGCAUGGUAUUGUAGCAGCUUUAGCUGACAGAGGUACAGAUGUAAAUGCCUACAAUGAAAUGCAGUACACUCCUUUACUCCUGGCGUGUGAAAUGGGCAAGGCUGAAUGUGCAGAAGUUCUAAUCGAAAAAGGAGCAAACUUGGGAAUAAAAACCCCUGCUUCAGACACAGCUUUGCACCUGGCAGUUCGGGCUGGGGCUGCCUCCAUCACCAACCUGCUCCUGCACAAAGGGAUGGAAGCCAAUGUGACCAAUCAGACCGAUGAAACCCCACUCCAUACUGCUGCACUGCACAACAACGGAGCAUUGGUCGGCCCGUUAGUCAGCGCAGGGGCCAAAAUUAAUGCUGUCACUAAAGAGUUUGUUACUCCCUUGCAUACUGCAAGUCAAAGAGGCAAUGCUGAUGUUGCCAAACAGCUGUUGCACCACAAAGCCAAUGUUAAUGCGAAAGAUAAGCAGUCAAAAUCACCUUUACAUUUUGCUUGUGAAAGGGGAGAUAAAACAAUGGUGGAGAUGCUUCUGAAUGCUAAUGCUGACCCCAAUGCACAAGACAAGGAGAAAAAAACACCUCUGCACGCUGCAGCUCUGCGAGGCCAUCUCAGUAUUGUUCAAGUUCUGCUAGCUAGAAAAGGAAGACUUGGAGUUAAGGACAUGGAUGGAUGUACUCCCCUGCACUAUGCAGCCAUCAGAGGAAACACAGAAGUUGUAAAAAUUCUUUUGACAUCAACGAAAAAUAAGAAUAUUGAUGAUAGAAACAUUUGGAGAAAGACUGCGUUGCAUAUUGCAGCAGAAUAUGGGCACAGCGACUUGAUAAACUUAUUGCUGAGUUAUGGAGCAGCCAUUAACGCCUUAGACAGCAAUAAGGACACGCCAUUGCACUGUGCUUGCAAGGCUGGUCACUUAAAUGCUGUAAAUUCCCUCAUAAACUGGUCAGAAGGAGAAAAAGCCAAUUUGCUAGCAGCUAAUAGCCUCAAAAAGACCCCAUUGCAAGUAGCAGAAUGUAACAAAACAAAGAAUCAGGCUCACAUUGUCACCCUCCUGAAAAAGAAAAUGUUGAUGGCAAAAUAAAUACAUAAAGCAAACAUUUCUAAAUGUAAAGGCAGAAUUAUUCUUUAAUAUAAUUUGGAGGGUGCUGGGGCUCUGUGUGAUUGAGAACAGGCAAAUUAAGUCAGUAAUCAGUGGGGACCAUGGAAAACAGGAUCUUAAACGUACCAUUAAACUUUGGAGCAUUGAUUACAUAUCUGCUUUUUCCCAUGAACCUCAUACUUGGGAUCUAAAAAGUGGCAAUCUUAAAUGCACUGUUUUUGACCUUCUGUAGUAUAAAUCACAACUCAAGUCUGCACGGAUAGCUUAGUUAAACACCAGGUUCUUAACUAGCCAUCUAUUAUGAACAAGGAGACAUUUGUAUCCUCAAGGAUACAGAGCAUAGACAUGUUGGAGCUGGUAAUACAGCAGUUUGGUCUGUUUAGCUCAGGCAGAACUAACUGCAAAGCACUGCUGACGGAUUGCCCUGCCCUCCCUUCCAGCCUGGCCAUACACUCCUGCUCCAGGCUGGAUGUGGGAGCUGAGCCAGCCUAUUCCACAGCUGCACCUGGACAGAAGAGAGAAGCAGGGCUACAGGCACCCAGUAUCAGGCUGUACCCUGCUCAGACAUCUCUGUGUGAUACCCCAUCGCAUGGCAUUAACACAACCUGGAACUAUAAAAACUGAUCUGUGUAGGAUCACAAAAUCACAAAGGCUGGAAAAGACGCCUAAGGUCACCAAGCCCAACCCACCGCACUGCCUACAUCCCUCAGCACCACAUCCCCACAGCCCUGGAUGGCCUCCAGGCCCGGUGACCCCACCACUCCCCGGGCAGCAGUACCGGGGCUCGAUGGCUCUUUCUGACAA